GGGACGGCGUACACGUUUAUUAUUUCUGGUGACACUUUCCAAUUGGAGCACUUUAUUAAUAUGUAUUCCUUACAUACACACACUUAUACACAGACAAUUAGAUCUGCAGCUCGGAUUUCCAGGCAAGAAGUUGUUCACAAAGACAGCAAUAAAACAUUGUGCUCAGUAUCGAUCGCGGCAGCCUUUACCAGAAACUUAACGAGCUAACUACCAGCUGAUCAUGGGCUCCGGUAAUAAUGACCCUGCCAGCACCCCCCGGCCUUCCCGUUUAUCCAGAUUCCAAAGUUCCGGGUAAACACAACGCUUUCCCUUCAGCCACAUGAGCAGGUCUGAGGGGAACAGGAGGGUUUGGCUGCUGAGAGUGAUCCUGAGUGAUGCUGCAGAGCGGGAAACAGCGCUAUUUUAAAGACUUUGAAUAAGACGAUUCUAAUUAAAGACACGACUUGGUGAAUCCACUGGGGACUGUUGCCUUACGUCGGCAAACUGGAGAUAUAGAAGAAAAGUGACGCUGCCAAGAGGGGAAACUUCGAAAACACACACACCAAAUAGGAUUGCCAAGUGGACUGGAGUUGCUUGCCACCCACUUGCAAGUCGAUAAUGUGCGUUCGAGCCGAGCCGCCCCAGCUGUCUGUCGGAGAUGUAUAUAAGGGGCUUCGCCCGGUCUGCCACCAUGUAGUAAUGGGCUCCAGGACAGCAGCAACCACUCAAGACUAGCCGGAGCGCAGCUGAAGAAGAGCUUUCUUAUACUUAGAGCCCUGCAGAUAUACAUAGUUUGCUCUUGUUGAUAUACCUGUUCUGUAUUACUCCAAGUGGACGCAGAAGGUCCAGGUGUAUAUAAUGCGCAGACCGGUUACCUGACUGGGGUCCGGGACAACAUCACUGGACAGCUCAGGAGUUGCAGACAAGCAAGUUAGGAAAUACGACCAGUGCAAUAAAAACCUGGGCAGGAGCACAGGCUGAAAGUAAUCUGAUUUCAGCAGAAAUGUUCAGGGGACUGACUCCUCUUCUGGGACUUCUAAUAUUGUUAAUACUUACAGCUGGACACUGCAAAGACAGGACAGAAGCCACAGCAAUAAGGGACAAAGAUACACUUUGGAACUUAAUAAUGGAAAUGGUAGGGACUGAGUUGGAAAAGUACCACAAGUCCAAAGAAGAAAAUGAAGUCCAGUAUUCACCUAAAGCAGACACUGAUUAUAUUUUGGGUUCCACAGAACUGCCGGACUAUAGAAGAGGUCAGCAACAAAGAGUAGAAAUCGUUCCUAGAGACCUUCGAGUGAAAGAAAAGUUUUUAAAAAAUUUAACAGGUCCUCUAGUUUUCAGUCCAAAGUGCAGUAAGCACUUUCAUAGACUUUACCACAAUACGAGGGACUGCACCAUACCAGCAUAUUAUAGAAGAUGUGUCAGAUUACUCACCAGAUUGGCAGUAAGUCCGGUAUGUACGAAGGGCUAAGAUUAAUAUGAUGACGAUAGCACAGUAUAAGGAACCCAACUCUAAGUACUUAGAUAAAGUGCCUUGGAAACCAACAUGCAAGCCAACAGGGAAUUAAAUAAGUUUAUAGCAUAUUCCAUUGUGAACAAAGAUUUAUUUUUGCAGACUGAUGGACUACUUCCAUUUACUCCUUUACAUAUGUUUUGUAUGUUGCCAGCACUGUUUACAAGUCUGUAGUAAUAUUGUUAUGUUCAAAGAACAGUCGACUGUAUAUGGUGUUAUACAAUGUACUAAAAAUACACACACUUCACAGCUGAGUGCACUUCUGCCAAACAUAUAAACAUUUCUAUUCACAGAGACAACAUCUUGAAGCAAUUUCUACAUUUUUUAAUGUGCAGUCUCCAUAAAAUGUCCUGUUGACACCUGCGCAUCCUAAAAUUGUGAUGGAAUAUGCUUUGCGGCAUUGGUUAUUGUUAUUUGGUAUAGUUAAUGCUUAUGCAGUCUAAAACUGUUUGCUGGGGUACAACAGCAGUAUUUAUUUAUGAAUUUGAAUGUUCGGGUCACAUUGUACCCCAACUUCAGAUUAUAAAUUGCAUGACAAUUUCCUUGUGUUUUGUCUUUGCAAGACAUUGUCUUUUUAAAGCAGGCAAUACAGUUGCAAAUUAAUGGCUGAAAACAACAUUCUAAGAACCAACAUUAGUGAGCAAGUCUCUCACUUUCAGACAUGGUGGAGUACAUAUUUGUAUAAAUAUAUACAAGCUAAUGUGAUUGGUCUCCAUGUACAUUAAAUGUAAAAACAAACAUUCCAGCUAUCAUGUGCAAUAUGUAA